GAGGCCUUUCGAUGUUCAAUGACACUUGGUCAAGGACGUCGACACCAUUUUUUUAUCCCUUUGGAAGAAACAUAAUCCAACCAGAGUAAAGAUUUUCCUCAACGAUCACGAUGACGACUUUACGCGAGGCAACGAUGGAUGACUUACUCAAAUUCAACAACGUCAACCUAGACGUGCUUACCGAGACGUAUAAUAUGCAAUUUUAUUACCACUAUAUGAGUCGAUGGCCAGAGGCAUUUAUGGUGGCAGAAGGUCCCAACAACGGGGACAUUAUGGGAUAUGUUUUGGGAAAAGCAGAAGGAGAGGAGAAACUGUGGCACGGGCAUGUAUCUGCCGUGACCGUUGCCCCAUCCUAUCGACGUCUGGGUCUAGCAAAAACGUUAAUGGACGACUUCGAACGCUUGUGCAUACAUACUUACAAUGCGUAUUUCGUUGACUUGUUUGUCAGAGAAGCAAAUAAUGUAGCUCAAGAAAUGUAUGAAAAAUUUGGCUACUCAACAUGUAAGUUCAAUUCAGUAGCGCAUAUUCGUGAGCUUUCAUGCAAACCAGUUUUUCUAAAUCUUUUACCAAUGUUCGGGCUUUCAUUUUUUCACACCGACCCACUCUCCUGUUUCCAUGGUUGGAAUCUGCUUGGUUGGUUUAUUGGUUCGGUAUUGAUAGAUCGGAGAGUUCUUGGAUAUUAUAGUGGGGACUCGCCUGAAGACGCGUUUGACAUGUAAGUACAAGGUACUUUUUCUGGGUUUUGCCUUUGAUUCCAAUUCUUUUCAGAAUGACGAAAUCAUCAUCUCAUAUCGGCAAUCUGGUCUUCUUUUAUGAUUUUGCAAAUCUAUAUUACUUGUUCGUGGCCUAGGCGGAAAGCUCUACCGAGAGACAAAAACAAAGAAAGUGCCAUUCCUCUUGGUCGCGACGUCCAUCCACACGAGUUAGAGUGGUGAAAUGGCAUGUGUUCGAAGAUCACAUAUUUCUCGACCACCAAAACCCUGAUGACCACAAUAUUGUGCCACUUUAUUUUCAUAGUGAAUUAUUUUGCAACGAUUAUAACUCUGUUAUCUUCCUCUCUUGGCCAAGGAAAUAUUUUCCAAUAAUCUCUAUGUUUACAUGUGAAAUGAGACUCAUUGAAAGAUCAAAACUAUUGUUGCUUACUGGGAUGACACGCAUGAACAUCUGAAUAGAACCUUUUACUUUUUGACAUAGGAACGAAACCACCGGUGGAAGCUCUUAACUCUGCUUCAUAGUCGUCUGUGGUCGGCACAUAGGCAUCCUCUGAGGGCAGCUGCGUCCAAAACUCUCCCUCUGCCCGGAGGUAAGGAUGGAUGUAUGCUAACGGUGCUAAUACAGAUGCACCAAGUUUGCGAGAACGUUCUGGGGACCAUCCACGCUCUGGGUCACUAUUCGAGAGACAAUCUUUGAAAGGCAUUUCCAGGGUCAUGGAGAGGCAGUCAAAGCGGUCAGCAAUUUGAUUCGUGGCCACGUUCAUAUACUCCAACGCCGCUUCAGUUGUCUCGGGAGCCGGAUAGCCAAUUCUUUGUUGCAUAUCCGAGUUGGCCCGUUGAUAAGCCGCUACAAAUGCACCGUGAAGAGAUUCCAUCCUUACCCCCCACUUGGGAGUUUUUUCAGCACCAGAAAUGAAAUUAAAGGGAAGUUCCUCGUCGCCAUGAACAUCCAGAAAAAUAUCGACACCUGUUUCAUCCAUUUUCUUCAAUACUGAGAAUACCUCGGGACUUCGUUCCAACGAUGGAGCUUCGUAGAAGCGCUUUGUUGCCCAUUCCCUAUUCAAAUUGGCGCCGCAGGCGUUGGUACGCAGAUGUCCGCGGACAGCACCAUCGGGACACAUCAGAGGGACUAUGUAGAAUGUAUACAUCUCUAGCAACUUUGGAACCUCACCGUCAACUUUCCCGUUUGAAUCCAAGCCCAAAAGACGAUUUAACAAACCCUCGGCAUAGUAUUCUAUUUCAGUCGGUUCAGAAUGAAUGAAAGCAAAGCAAAUUUAGAAGCCGCGGUGCGAUGAUAAAAGAGUACCUGUGAAUAUAUGUCAAUUUUAUGUAGCGAAAUAACUCCGCUACUUCUCACCUGCCAUCGUUUCUCCUGGAUGCUGGCGGUGGAUAAUCCAGCAUACCGUUUUUCCUUGGCCCAGUGUGAUGCAAUCAAUAUCUCUACCGUCCAGUGAUUGCCCAAGACUAAUUGUAUCGGCGAAUUGGCUGCAACGAGACACCAGUCCCAAAUGGCGCGAAUAGGAGUAUGGGGGGAAAUACGAAAAGUAAAGGCUUCCGUUCUGUGUGUGUUCGUGCUCCCAGCAGAGCGCCCCGUUGGAAUACACAGUAUCUUGGUUUCUUCGCCAUGAAUCGGGAUCUUCGAUGUUGGUGGUAUAACAAACCGUAGAACCUAAAUCAAACAGAGGAGAACAGUGUUAUGUUUGGAUAUGUUGGCAACAAAAUUGAGGCAAAAUGAUAUAGUAAAGAAAAUGUCAUUUUCCUGGGGGUAUUAUUGUGACUCAACAGCAGGAAAAAGGACUUACCAACCCAAGCUUCAGGGUAUGACGACGCUUCCGCGUUUACGACAACAUAUCUAAUCUUGUGCGUUUGAUUCGAUGGGGGAAACCCAAGUCCACCUAUAGUUGCUCGAAAUGAAAAAUACUGCAUGUGACCAAUCUUUUCAAGUACCGUGUAAACAUCGGGCUUGAUAUGAAGGAGAACAUCGGUUGUAUUCACAGGGUCAUUCUCGUUCGGUCUUGUGCUUAUGAACUUGAUGUUACCGCCGUCGAAAGCUUCGCUGAUGCUGACAUUUACCAUUUU